AUGCGUUCGUGGGUGCAGCACCACCCCACAUGGAGAUACGUCUUUUGGGAUGAUGACGCCAACCUCGCGCUCUUUGCCAGACACUACCCGCAGUAUUAUGCCGCAGCCUCGUCCGUAGGCAAGAUCCACCUCGCUGACAUGGCACGGUAUGCCCUUUUGCAUCGCUUUGGCGGCGUGUACGUCGACUGCGACUUUGAGAGCACGUUGCCGCUCGACGACUUGAUCAACGAAGAUCUCUUCUUGAGCACCGAGCCGUUCGUGCACGCUGUGCUCCUCGAGCGCGCCGACGACGCGAUCCUCUGCAACGCCGUGCUGGCGUCCCGUCGCGGCCACCCUUUCUGGCUUGAGGUGCUCGAUGCGAUCUUGGUCAAGUUUCAAGCCGGUGGCGCCAAGCAAGACCCUGUCUCGCUCACGGGCCCGCGCCUCGUCGAAGCCGUGUUCCAUAACUUUGAUGCGCACCGAGCUGGUGCGCGUGUCACCGUCUUUCCCGAAGAGUACUUUUACCCUGAGAUUGCGUACUGGAACCUCGGUCGGUUGCUGCAACUUUGCCGCGAUCGUCUCGAUCCGCUCGGGCGAAAAGCCUGCAACUGGUUGCGCGACCACCCCAAGGGUCUCCACACAACCAAGACGCAUGCUGUGCACCAUUGGCAGUGCACGUGGUGUCGCGGCGACGUCGGACAGGCGGUGAUGAGCCUCCGCGCCAUCUUUCCAGACGUCACAAUCCACCGGCCUCUGCGAGGUGAUGACGACGACGCGGUGCUCUUGUGA